AUGUCAGACCUGGACAGCUAUGUUCCUAUGAUUGACGCGAUUUUGAGCGUAUCAAACCCAGAUGAAGUCAGUGCCAAAAGGAUACGAAAAGCCGUCCAAGAGCUGUUUUCGGUCAAUUUAGAAGCUCAGCGUAAAGCUGUUAAUGCCUUGAUAGUUGACCGAUUUAAUCAUAUUCAAGAGGCUCGAACCAACAUUUCGUCUGAGGAUCUAGCUGGAAAAGACGCUGCCAUAGCUAAAAGCUUGUCUAAGAAACUCAAAUCCGGUAAAAAGAAGUCCCAAGAUGGCUCUGCAGUCUCGAAACCCAAGAAAAAGCGCAAAACUAGUGAAAAUGGGAAUGCUUUAAGUCAGAACAAAAUGAUUUUGAGUCCGGAGUUGCAGGAAUUGGUGAAAGAGCCAGAGAUGGCCAGAACUCAAGUUGUCAAAAAGGUUUGGGAGUACAUACGAGAGCAUGACUUGCAAAAUCCGUCCGAUCGGAGAGAAAUAAUGUGUGACGACAAGAUGAAGCCUAUAUUCGGCGCUAAGACCACGAUGUUUGCCCUGAACAAAAGCCUGUCAAAGCAUAUAUAUAGUCGCAGCGAGGUACUUGAGCAGAAGAGCGCUAGCGAGGGUCCGAAAAAAUCACCAGAACCCUCUAGAAACCCGUCAUCAUCAAGCGACAGCACUUGA